AAGGUUUUGAAUUGAAUUGAAUUGAGAAAGGAAAUGCCUUCAGCACGUCAGACCUCGAGGAAACAUCCAUAUAUAAUCCAUUAAGGGCUGCCUAAUAUCUAAAUAUGACCUUCUCUUUCUCUUUAACAGUCCUAAUCACCUUUCUCUCCAAACUGGGACUGGAGACAUUUUAUCCCAACAAGCUCACUCUUCGGUCUCUAUUGGAGAUCAACAAAAACAGCAUAAUGAAGAAGCUUGCCUCAUCAGUACAGAAAAUACCUUGGUGCUUUCUCAGUAAACUAUUUAAACUCAAUGCAGAAUGCAGGGGCUGUACACAAGGAUCAAACAGUGAUGAUGAGGAAGAAAGCAGUGAUCCCUUUGAUCGUGAUCCUUUCACUGCUGAUGAAUCUGCAGACGAUAGGGUUAACCCUCUCGACCUCGUAACAGCACUCUUCCUUUGUGCUGACAGCUUCUUGCAACAGGAAAUGGCCCUCAAGAUGUCAAUGUGCCAGUUUUCUGUCCCACUGCUGAUGCCCCAUGUCAAUAACAGUCAGAGUACCCUGAUGCUUUGGGCUCUGAGGGACAUUGUCAAGAGUGGUGUCCACCUGUCUGAAUCAAGAGGCUUUGUUGAAAACCACAUUGUCCAAGCAAAGAUACCAUUAUUUUCCUUUGUGAGGCUCAAGAACUGUACUCUGUCCAAGUCCCAGAUUUUGAAUCAAGUUCUCAGCCUUGGCCAGCAGAAUCACAAUUACUUCAUACACAGAGACAUGAAAGGAGGAGCAAUUGAAAGACACAUUGCCAAUGGCUUGGCUGAGGUGUGCUGGUACCUUCCCAGAGGCAGAGAACAUCCUGAUGUAUUUCCAGACCCAAUUGCCUUCGCCAAUCUGAGAGGAAACAUUUCUGAGUCACUUGCUCAGUUCACUUUUCUGUUUCAAGUGUCAACUGCUACCUUUGUUUUCCUGGACAAAAUUGAAAAAGAGGAGCAUGAGAUUCUGACUUCUCUUCAAGAUGUGAAAUCCAAACUGUUCUUGGUUGUUAACCGCAAGGAUAAGUGCAAAGAGGACAUGGAGUCUGUCAGGAAAACAGUGAAAGAAUUAGGUUUGCCAAACAGCAGUGUGAAAGUUAAAGACCCAAGAGUAAAUGUUGUGGAGUUUUCAGAGAAACUUUCUGCCGCCAUUAACAAGAUAACAGUUGGAACACUACCAAUGAGCAUUGAAAAUAUGGUUCAGAAAGCUGUUGAUUUUGGUCUGUCUGUGGACGAAUACACAAGUGAUGACCAAAAGAAAACCGCUGAAAAGCUUGUCAAAGGAAUUAGGGCGCAGAAGAUACCAGAUUACAAGAGAAAACAGCUUCCUCUGCAAGGCGCUGACUGGAAAAGGUUAUCGCAGUUAGAGAAAAAGGAAUGUAGCUUGAAAACACAUGGUAACCUAGCACCUGAAGAAUAUAAAUCUCAGCUGCAGAGAGAAAGACAACAAAUCAAGGAGAAGCUUGGCAAACAGAAACUAUCAGAUGAUAUGGAGACUUUCAUUAAACAGUUACCUAAAAAUGAAAAUGACAGCAAGAGCAGAGAUUUUUUCCUUAAGUGGAUGAAACUCAAACUGGAUGCACAUUCCCGGGAUCAGCUAUCUUCACUCCGCCAUCAGUGGAAAGACAAAAUCAACGAAGAGAACAAAGAUGUGAAAGAGAUUAAGAAGCUGGAUCAGGAGAUGCUGGAAAGCUCUUUAGGGUUAGAGCAUUACAUGAGAGAGAUGGGACUGAUCUAUGAGUUUUCCUCUCAAAACUCUGCUGAUGAAGUACAUCGUCUCCCUGGUUUGGCAGCUGAACUGCUGUUGGAUGGAUAUCCUUUAGAGCUCUUGGAUGGAGAUGCUUCCAACAUCCCAGAGAAAUGGGUGACAGAUGUACUAAUGGAGCUACACAGGAAGGUUGGAGAGAAGAGCAGACUGUUGGUACUGACCGUGUUGGGUGUUCAGAGCACCGGGAAGUCAACACUCCUCAACACCAUGUUCGGUGUGCAGUUUGCAGUCAGCAGUGGCAGAUGCACAAGAGGAGCGUAUAUGCUCUUCCUCAGAGUAAGUGAUGAUAUGCAACACCAGCUGAACUGUGACUUCAUAGUUCUCAUUGACACAGAGGGCCUCAAGGCUCCUCAGUUGGCACAACUAGAAGACAGUUAUGAGCAUGACAACCAGCUGGCAACCUUUGUCAUUGGUUUAAGUGAUGUGACAAUUAUCAAUGUUGCUUCAGAGAACUCCACAGAAAUGAAAGACGUGCAAAUUGCAAUCCAUGCAUUCCUGAGAAUGAAGGAAAUUGGUAGAAGGCCAAUUUGUCAUUUUGUUCACCAGAAUGUUGCUGGAGUCUCCGCUCAUGAAAGGACCUUGACGGAGAGACAGCAUCUCUUGGACCAACUCAAUGAAAUGACAGAAAUUGCUGCUGAAAUGGAAAAGCAUCCCUCUAUAAAGAGAUUCACAGAUGUGCUGGACUAUGACAUAAAAGAAAACAACUGGAACAUCCCCGGACUCUGGCAUGGGACUCCACCGAUGGCAUCAGUGAACACAGGUUACAGCGAAGCUGUAGCAGAUUUCAAGAAAAACCUCUUGGAGACAGUGAAAAAAGACAAAACCGGUGAUGUUUCACGGAUUCCACAGUUUCUAGAAUGGGUAAGAAGUCUCUGGAAAGCAGUCAAAUAUGAGAACUUCAUCUUCAGUUUCAGAAACACUCUCGUGGCUCAGGCUUAUGACAACCUUUGCAAGGAGUUCAGUGAAUGGGAAUGGGAGUUCAAAAAAGACUUGAUCUUUUGGCAGGAUGGGGCAAAGUUAGAGAUCUUAAAUUCUGACAAUGAAACUCAUGUGGAAACUUUGAAGAUAUUGGUUGCCUCAAAAAAAUCACAGUUGUUGCAGAAAAUAGAAGAACAAAAAGAAAUGGAGAAUAAACUUGAUGACUACUACAAAAGGAAAGACAUACACGUGAAUCUGAUAGAGAAAUACAAAAUUGACUUUAUCAACCGUAACAAAAGUCUUAAAGUCGAAUUCCAACAUUCGGUAAACAAUGCAUUGGAUUUUGCGCUUCACGAAAAAAAAAGUUCAAAAGAGGCUCAGGACAUUCAGAGCAAACACAGAGAAAUGAUUGAAAAAGAAGUAAUGAAACUCUUGAGUGAUCGCGAACACCGCAGACUUUCUGAUGAACAGUUGAAACGUGACUUUCAACAGAUGUGGACAAAAGUCACAGCAAACGUGCUGGCCUGA